AUUAUCAAUACUAAAUAUUAAAGUGAGGUUAUGAGUAUGAGUCAAUCAUGUAAAAUUUGUUUGUUUGGUUGGUGUCGUUUUGAUUUCUCUUAGGAGUUAGACAAAUAGUUACCGACGCUAUGAACAUCUAACGAACAUGGCGACUCAAGACGACGGCAGUAUUAACCAGACCAAAUAUAAAAUAUACAAAAUUAUUGUUCUUGGACUAGUCAUACACUUUCUACUACUGUUUGCUGUAUUUGACAUCUAUUUCGCCAGCCCUUUAGACCAUGGAAUGCACCCUAUUAAAUCGACUAAGAGUCCCCCUGCUAAAAGAGUAGUUCUCUUCGUGGCCGAUGGGUUAAGAGCUGAAGCAAUUUUCGAAAAUAAUCUUCAUAGGAUACCAUUUUUGAAAACCGUAAUGUUUGAAAAUGGAGCAUGGGGUGUUGCACAUACACGAGUACCGACAGAAUCCAGACCUGGACAUGUUGCAAUGCUUGCGGGUAUUUAUGAAGAUCCCAGUGCUAUUAUGAAGGGCUGGAAAGCCAAUCCAGUGUAUUUUGAUUCUGUUAUCAACCAAAGCAGUAACUCUUGGUGCUGGGGAAGCCCGGAUAUCUUAAAUAUUUUCAAUAAGGACCAUUUGGAACAUAUUCACAUAGACACCUACAGUGCUGAUAUUGAAGAUUUUGGCAGAAAGAAUACUUGGGAUUUAGAUAUAUGGGUAUUUAAUAAAGUAAGAAAAUUUCUACUUGAAGAAGUUAAUCAGUGUGGCAGCAGGGACAAUUGCAGCAAGUUCUUUGCUAAUGGCAAUAUUUUCUUCCUUCAUUUACUUGGUAUAGACACUGCUGGGCAUGGAUACAAGCCAGAGUCUGACGAGUACAAUACAAAUAUCAAGCUGGUUGACAAGAAUAUUAAGAUGAUUUCAAAAAUGUUUUCUGAUGUAUUUAAAGAUAAUGCAACAAGCUUUGUUUUUACUGCAGAUCAUGGAAUGACUAAUUGGGGAUCUCAUGGAGCUGGUUCGGCCCAUGAAACUGAAGCUCCUUUAAUUUUAUGGGGUGCAGGAAUUAAGCCGGACUUUCAAAGGCAUGACAUUAAGCAAGUCGAUAUAGCUCCACUGUUAUCGUCUCUAAUAGGUAUUAACAUUCCGAUCAAUUCUUUAGGACAGGUACCAACAAAGUUUUUAGAUGUGCCUAAAAAUGUUUUGGCUGAAAUGAAAUUAGGAAACACAUUGCAAUUACUGGAAUUGUUUAACAUCAAAAGACUUAGGAUUGAGACAAAUACGUUGGUGUUUUUACCCUAUGGAGGACUCACUAGUGAGGUUUUGGCUGAAAAGGUGCAAUUCUUAAAGGAUCUGCAAAUGAAGAAUAAAUUUGAUUUGCUGAUUACAGAGUGCGAGGCGCUCGUAGACAUUCUUAUAAACGGCCUUGACUACUACCAUAAUUAUUACCAAUACCCACUUUUGAUUGUAAUCUCUCUAGGAUUUAUUGGCUGGAUUUUCUUCUUAGUGGCGUCCGUGUUAGAUGGCAAGGUAAAUAGGGCCGCAAAACCCAACAAAGUCGUUCUUUUAUUAGUAAAUGUGCUUCCAUUGCUUAUAUGUUACCUGCAACGAUUUCCUGUUACAUACUAUAUAUAUUUUUGGUUUCCUUCGGCCUCAUUUACGUUUCUAGUUAGUUUUAAUCAAGUACUAGCAAUCUUAAGACAAUUUAAAAAUAUAUCGAUGGAUGGUAAUGCUUUUAAUAUUUUGAUAUACCUUGUGGGGAUUGAGCUUCUGAUUUAUGGUUUCUUUAAUCGAAAAUCGUUUACUAUUUUAUCAUUAAUAAUUGGGCUUUGGGUCUUACCUUCAAAUUCUUUUGGUAAGUAUUCAAAUGCUCGUGACAAAAUUUUGUGGCUUAUGCUAUGCAUAUUUCUAUCAAUAUUUCCUUUAUUGCCAGUAAUGAAAACCACUUUUAACCUUCCUAUGUACACAUUAGGUUGUGUAACAUGGGUUUUACUCUUUUAUGAAAUGUAUUGUAGGCUAUCAUUUAAGCACCAGUUUAGGCAUAUAAAAAUUAAACACAGUAUUUUUUGGGUUCAAUUUGUCUGUCUAGUUUUGGCUGGUAUUUAUGGAGUAAGUCUAGAAAAAGGUUUAAUAGGCAAUGCCUCCCCUAUAAAGUAUUUUUCAUUGGUUCUGCUAGUCUUACCGAUAUCUCUUAUUCCCUUUUCAAGUCGAAAUAUUGCUGUAAGAUUGAUAUCAACUUUUUUUGGAUUUGCUCCUUUUUACCUUUUAGUAUCGUCAAACUAUGAAGUAUUCUUCUCAUCUAUAUUUGUAGCAGUUCUUUGUAACUGGCUAUUAAUAGAAAGCAAGUCUUUCUCAUCAAGUGAUACUGGUAAUCUGAUUUACUUUGUGAAUUUUGAAAAAUAUGAAAGCAAGGACAGGAUAACCUCUUGUAUGUUUCGAAGAGCAUUUCUCUUUAUGGUUUUUAUAUUUUUAGGGUUUUUUGGAACUGGCAAUAUUGCCAGUUUAAAUUCGUUUGAUCCGAUGUGGGUCAGAGCAUUUUUAACAGUAUUUAGUCCUUUUAAGAUGAUGGGACUUAUUCUUUUAAAAAUCACGGUUCCUUUUUUAUUUACAUGUUGUGUUUUCCGAGCAAUAAACUCAAUAGGCAAAGAAAAUAUCUUACAAAUGUUUUGUAUUAUUUUGAUUUUUUCUGAUAUUAUGGUUUUACAAUUUUUAUACCUUAUUACCAAUGUGGGUUCUUGGUUGGAUAUAGGAUCUAGCUUGUCACACUUUGUUAUAAUGGAAGGGUUUGUGACAAUUUUACUAGUUUUGUAUGGGCUUGCACAUUUUUUAACGACCGCGAGCUAUGUUAAAAUCAAGUGACUGAUUUUAAGUAUUUUGUAUCUUUAUUAUAACAUUGUAAAUAAAAAUUUGUUUAAUUAAAAAGGUUUUCUUAUUGAAAGAUUAUAUAAUAAAAUUGAUUAAGUUUG